AUAACAAUUAAUUUGGUAAAUAACGAACGAUACAAAUCUUAUAAAAUAAUUUGAAGAAGUAUUAGUGUUAGUAACGUAUCAAUUGAUUUGCGUUGCGUUAAUUAUAAAUUAGAAGAAGAAUAUUUACACAAUAAAGACCUUAUAAAUUAAGAAUAGCGGCGUAAUACCGGAAGCUAGUAGUAUUACACAUUAAGUUAUUUAAUUGAUGUAUACUUUGGAUGUUUGUCUGAGUAUAUAUAAUAACAGUUGCAGUAAUUAGCUAACAUGUAAUUAUUAUUACUGUAAUUACAGCAAAUCAGCAAUACAAAAAGAGUAUCUUUGUGUGAUACGGAUGUUUGUGUAAUCAUUAAUAAAUUGAAUUAAAGUAAAUUAAAUUCACGUGUUGAAUAAACAUUUAUAAAUCUUAUUUAACAAUAAAUUAAUGUAUAAUACUUACGUAUAAAUCAUUUAUUUGUGAUAAUGUAUACUUGAUGUAUACAAUUUUAAAUUACUACUACUAUACUAUCCACUUUAGGUUCGGAGAUAGGCAAGUUGACGGAAUCUUUCAAUUUCAUCUUGCCCCGAUAUGUCUGUUGAGAAAUGCAUAUAUACUCGUGGUUCCAAAGUAGAUAUAGUUGUCAAAUUUUUAACAAGCAAAGAUGUCUUGGAAGUUAUAGUGAAAGCAUUUGCUGUGAUGCUGGACGUGCUUAUACCCCUUCCUAUAGAAAAACCUAACAUAUGCAAUGAUCCGAAAGGUGGGCUUAGUUGUUCGAUAAAGAAAGAUCAGGAGGUUCAGUACAAAACUUCAUUAACUGUGGAGAAGAAAAUUCCUCCGAUGAGUGUUGACUUUGUGUGGGAAUUUAGAAAUGAGAAUGACGAAAAGAUUCUGUGCCAAAAAUUCCCGUUGAAAAUUGUAUAAAAAUGUGGAUUGUAUAAAAAUGUUAGUUUCUAAAUAAUAAACUUUGUUGCACUUU